AUGGAGAAUACACGCGAGAUAAUAGCAGGCGUAAUGUCGCUCGCCUCAUGGAGGAACCUGGCCUUGCUUCUGGCAGUGGUUAAUUUGAAAAAUCUCCCAUUCGUCUGGCAUUUCCGUCUGUUAUAUCACUUCGUGGGCAACCUGCGUCUGAAACCCAGUGCGCCACUUCUCCCCAAGGGGAGAGUUAUCGUGGACUCCCGAGGCAAACCAACACAUCCCAUCUUCGUGCCAUGCAUGGUCACAUCUCGCACGCCGUUGCUAGAGACCGAUUACAAUCUGCACAAAUCAAACAGCACUUACUUCACGGAUCUGGACGUGUCACGUACGGCGCUCGUGAGCCGAAUUUACAGUCCUGGAGUCGGCAAUGUGAGCAAGGAGCUAGACCAGGAGUUCCUAGCCGCAAGCAAGAAGGAGGGAAAGCCGGCACCAAGGCGCAAGCCAGUUUCCAUUGUGCUCGGAUCUGUUUACUGCACAUUCAAGCGUGAAAUUAAGCCAUUUGAACUAUAUGAGAUGCACUCCAAGGUGAUCUCUUGGGAUGCAAAGUGGAUGUACAUCUUGACCUGCUUCAUGCGACCUGCACGCCACAGUGGCGGCGAAAGGGUGGUCCUUGCUGUGGCCGUUAGCAAGUACGUGGUCAAAAAGGGCCGGCUGACUGUUCCCCCGGAGCGGCUUCUACGCGCUAGCGGGUUCCUCCCGACACCGCCCCCAGAGAGUGAAGCAAAGACCGCACUAGCCGACGCCGAUUCCUCGGCCGAGGCUUCCGGCGUUGGGACUCCUGGUAGUGGCGAAGGUAUCACGGCCAUAGAAGGGGUGGAUGGAUCGUUGGUUCGAGAGGUGUUAAAGAUAAACAACGACCAGAUUCCUUCCCAGGAGACAAUGGAUAAGCAGCAGAAGGAGAAUACUGAUUCAUGGGAUGUCGAAGAGUGGACCUGGGAGCGCAUCGAACAGGAACGCCUGCGGGGAUUGGAGGUUGUCGAUGGAUAUACUAAUUUGGAUAUCAAGCUGUUCGAUGAAUGGGUGCAAUAG